UCCAGAUAUAAAAUCCAAUUUGUAGUAACAAUGUUUUUGAGAAGCAAGUGGUUAAGACUUCUCAAAUGUGCAGAAACUGUUAGAAGAUUUAGCACUCCUCGGGGUACCUGGGUGCCUCAAUCUGUUGAGCACCCACUUUUGGUUUUGGGUCAGGUCAAGAGCUCAUGGAUGGGUCAUGGGAUCAAGCCCUGUGUUGGUCUCCAAGUUAAGUGGGGAGUCCGCUUGGGAUUCUCUCCCUCUUCCCUCAACAUGCUCGCUCACUCAAAUCUUUUUUAAAAAGAAUUCACUCCCGCAAAACAAAAAAUAUGCCUUGGAAAAUAGGUAAAAUUACAUGAGGGUUUUUUUUCUCAGGGCAGGAUAUAUUUUGAGGCACUGCAAAAAGAAAUUGAUGGUUCCUAUUACAACCUGCUGUGAUAGAGUACAGUUACUAGGGGAAAUGCUACCCUCAGUAUUUUGACCCAUAGUAUGAAAGUCUCAGAAGCAUUUUUCAGAACUACUUGGGUUUGCAGUUUUGGUAAAGGGAUAUGUUGACAAGUAUACCGCAGAGAAGUGUAUCCAAAAGGACAUGGAUUUUUUUCCCUACCCUGUUUUGUCAGCAUGUCUUAACCAUCUUAAGGGUUGACCUUUCCUGACCUAUGUUUGUCUCUUGUCAGGGUCUUGUUUUGCAUCUGGUUUGUUUCCUUCGGUAACCUUAAAGUACACAUCCAGGUGAUGUAUCCUCUGGUUUGCAGAUACAAAGAUCUCUGUCCCUUAGCAUUUAAAGGCUCCACAUCCCAUUUGAAUUUGUUAACCACCGCUUUAAUCGUCUUGCUUUAAUUUGCGCAGCCUCCUGGGAACCACUUUCACGUGGCCAGGAAUCCUUGCCCGCAAAAAUCAACAGGGCUCGUGCGUCUCUACCCUCAGAUGCGUUUGCAGGUUUUAAGGAGUUUAAAACAACUUUCAGUUGCAAAAAACUUCAAGCUCGAUGCUGGGAGUACUGCUCAAAAGCAUUUGAAACUGGGUACUUGGCCAUUUUUAUCUCCCGAGUUCUUUAUGGCUCCACAUCCUGUGCUUUAGGAUUCCCGAUGAUUACUGAACUUAAGUUUUUUGGUUAAAAACCCGGGGUUGUGCUGGGCAGAGCGGGUCGAACGUGAAGCAGCCAGCGAGGGUGCGGGCGCCGGCAGGAAGCGCUUUGGCCCACGUGGCGCUAGCCCCGCCCAGCCCGCGGCUUGGUUUCCGGGAACGCGGGGGUCGUGACGUCAUUACCGAGCGCCGGGCCGGGCGGCGGGCGGGACGAGGCGCCAUGCUGAGCCGGCUUCAGGAGCUGCGCAAGGAGGAGGAGACGCUGCUCCGGUUGAAGGCGGCCCUGCACGACCAGCUGAACCGGCUCAAGGUUGAAGAACUAGCCCUCCAAUCAAUGAUUAGUUCUAGGAGAGGGGAUGAGACGCUAUCUUCUCAACCUGCACCUGAACAGUCACAUGAUCAGAUGUUGGUGCAUGUAGACAAUGAAGCAUCAAUCAACCAAACUGCACUGGAGUUGAGCACAAGGAGCCAUGUGCCCGAAGAAGAGGAGGAGGAGGAGGAGGAGGAAGAAUCAGAUUCCUGAAGCAGGGUAGAGAAGAGCCAAGCUUAGUUACAGGAAUUGAGUUUCUACAUCUCAGGAACUUUUGUCUCUUCAAAAAAAUGGUCUUUCCAUAGGCCUUCUGGCCUGCUUUCCAAGGAAGAACUUUAGGAUGUGUAGUUGUGAAAAGGGUCCCAUCAAGAACUCAAGUUUCAGAACGCUUUAACAAAAAUUAGCGACAUAUGGAAAAGCAGAGUCUUAGCAUUGAGCAGUACGGGUGGUGCCGUGACUGUAUUAGUGAUUAUGCUCCAAACAGAGUUUCCUCUACAAUGCUAUUGAGAAAGUCUGCCAUUCGCACAAAGGGCGGAGUUUAAAUACAAGUCAGCCUUUCCAGUCAACAUUGCCUCUUCAGAAAACCAAUUAAAGGCUGUCUGCAUGCCAUCGAGCCAUUGUGAGCAGAGCAAGGCCACGGUCUAGGAGAGAAAGAUGACAAGUGAGGAGCACAGAGCGCCACUUGAGAGCACAAGCUGCCGCCACCCCUCGGUGGGGCAGGUAGGACUGCUGUGCUGUGGAGGGCUUUGUGGGGCUGCCAUCGUACGUAGGUUGAGACAUCACGGUGGUAAAAUGUGCUUAGAAAUAAAGUACACAUAAAGAGCUGUCAUGCAGCUUCCUGGUUUCCAGAUAAGAACAGAGAAAAGGAUUAGUUCCUCCCCUGGGGCAAAAAAUACAGCAGGAUGGUUUAAAACCCAUUUCUGGACUUAGAGAGGAAAUGUGCCAUUAAAUCACUGUGCCUGGAAGACUGGGGUUUUGUAAUAAUGACAGUUACAGAAUAACAGUUGUUAAAACUUAGUACUUGCAGUUUAGAUUCACUUAUGCAUACUGUUCCUCUUCCAGUGAAUAUACAGUUAAGUAGUUGCUUAAUUUUAUAAAAUUUGCCCUGCCCAAGCAACAGAAAAGCCAAACAGAACAGAGAAUCUCCUCAAGCAAACCUUCUUCUGUAACUGUUCCAGAAAAGAACAUGAAUGUAUUUAUUAAUCAACAUUUCAUUAAAGUUAUUUUGAGCUACUCUUAAGGAAAUAGAAGUUUAAAUGAGCAUGUUUCUUGGAAAAUACCGUGUGAAAACUUUUGCUAUGAAAAGCAGUCAAGCUGUACACUUGGGGUUUUAUUUAAAAUAGGAGCAUGGGUUUUUGAGAGCUAGAAAAGUUGGCUGUGAAUUCUAGCUCUACUACUAACUGGUUGCUGGCCUUCUUAACUCUUUGCAGCUCUCAGAGUCCAGUGGUCAAAGGUAUGCUUACCUGAGCCAGCACUUUCACAGGCGGUUGUGGUGUGCUUAACGAGGUAUCAUGUAAAACCACAGCUGUUGUUGGUGUCUCAGCAAGAGGGAGUCUAAGGAAGGGAUUUGACAUAGGGAACUCAAAACAGCCAGACUGAGGCAGGUAACCUCAUUCUUGGUAAAAAUUAGCAGGAAAAAAACCUUUUUGACUCUCAAAAUGUAACACACUUUUGUAUGUAAACAGAGAAUUUAAAAUACCCCUCAAAAGACACUGAACAUGAAAGCAUUCAGAUCCAGGUAUUAGACUCUAGGUGACACCUUCCUCCCUAGUUGCAGUUUGCACAUUUUAAGGAGACCUCGGUUCGUAUCCUGUCCUAGCCCUUAGCAAAAGACACAGGGUGUGAGUCUUAAACCUUGGUCUGAAUGGAUCUUGUUUAGGUUAGACUGUUGACUUAGAACAGAUGUUAGCCUCACAGCGAGAGAAAAUGGACUGGCUGAGGCAGCGAUAUAUAUACGACUGAGCAGUUUUUAAAAUCCUGCCUGUAUUCCAAGCUCUGGUAGGUCCAGAAUGGAACUACCAACUCAGGAGAUUUACCCAGGUCCUGCUUUUAGUUUGAAAACAAAAUAGGCCUUUUGUUUUUAAAGACGUGUUUAUUUUGGUUUUCUGUAAGCUGCCUCUGGAAGAAAAUGCUGGAAGAGGUGCCAACCAGGCAGCAUCACGUGUACCUCAAGUUCCGAAAGUCACUUGGGCAGAAAAGGCAUCCGUGGUCAGUUGGGACAUGGCUUUGUUUUUUUAUUUUUUUUUCUUUUUUAAAGAUUUUAUUUAUUUGAGAGAGAGAAUGAGAUAGAGAGCAUGAGAGGGGGGAGGGUCAGAGAGAGAAGCAGACUCCCUGCUGAGCAGGUAGCCCGACGUGGGACUCGAUCCCGGGACUCCAGGAUCAUGACCUGAGCCGAAGGCAGUCGCUUAACCAACUGAGCCACCCAGGCGCCCCAUGGCUUUGUUUUCUGUGACUUCACUGCUACCUCACAGGCAGGACAAAGCCAGCACCAGGUCCAUUCCUCUCCAGGAAAAUGGAAAAAAGUCACUGGUGAAAGCGGGGGGACAGUUGCUCAGUGGAGCAAAGCAGCAUGGGACUGGGUGUCCUUGGCGGAGGCUCCCACACCAGUCGGGCUGGCCAAGAGCGGAAUGCUCCUGGGAGCACGCCAGUGACACCCCAACCCCACCUUGCCUACUGCUUUUCCCUGUGUAGAAAUGGCAGGAAGAGAGGGAAUCUAGUCACAGGGCCACAGGAAAGGUAGCUGGAAGAUUCACACGUAAGUGGAGAGAAGCGUUGGACAAAGUCCAAAACUUGGAAUCACGGAUCCAUUAAAGCCCAGGGCACCGAACUUGUCUUCACUAUGGCAUAUCUGCCUUCCAGCCUCCUUCCCGUCUCCACCUGUGCCCUCACAAGAAGGCUUGGCUAAAUCAUUGGACUUUCUUGUGUAUGUGUACCCGAGACACUGAAAAUCCUUCCCCAAAAGGAGACCUAUUUUUCCAUCCUUUUAACUUGAUAGUAUAUUUAUUAGAAUAAGAGAUUAGAUUUGUUAAACAUCUGGACUGAAAUGGUUAAAAGGAUUUUCAUACAAUUUUUAGGCACUAUACACACUUGUUUACAAUCAGUACUUGGAUUUGGGGAAAGAGAAAUCUCAUACAUUUUAAUGCCUUGAUCCAUUUGUAACAUUCAAAGUAACCACCAUAUUAGAAACACUAAUUCAAACUUGAGACAUAAACCACUAAAUAUCCCACAUAAUAUAUUUAAAAAUAAAUAUAGAAAUACAACCAGAAGUCUAUAAAUCAUCACAGCAGACAGACUGGUGAAGCCCCAGCUAUCAUGGCAGUGAAGGGCUCUGGCUAGAUUUUGAUAGAAAUUGCUUCAUUCUACACCAAAAGCAAAAAUAUAAUAAAAUGAUACAUACUUUCUGAUGUUCUUUAUCGUAGCAGCAAAGCAUGCUUCACAUGCACUGCCUGUGAAGGAUCUUACGAGGCCCCUUCCUACUCAAAUAGAAGGUAUGCCUGGCAAGAAUGCAGUACCACCAAGUGUCAGAGAAUCCCGAAAAUACAGGCAGCUAGCCAGUCACGGCGAGGGAAGAGCAGUGCAAUUUUCAGUAAGUAAGAAUGACUACCCAGGGUCACCAAAGUUUCACUGUAAUUCAACGUUGUGCGUGUGUUGAUCGACAUACACAAAAAUAGCCCCAAGCACAAAGCCAAUCCACUUAGGGAGAGAACAGGAAGAAUAGAGACAGUAAUAUUAAAAAUGACACAAGUAGAAUUUUGGCACAUGCUGUGUUCUUCAUCCUUUGUCAUAGGUGAGAUGCACGUCUGAACAGACAGGCGUGGGCAAGAGGCCCGGAAGCGACAUGGCACACCACUGGGCAGGCGACUCACUCUUCGCCGCUUCCCACGUCCUUAGACGCCGGCUGCGUGGGUCGGUGUGCUGGGCUGGUUAAGGCCAAUGGUGGAGCAGAGCCAACCUGCAAAAUCCACUUCCUCCCCGUCCGAUCUCUUGAUAAAGGCAUGAACCUGUGUGCAGGGAAACAGAGUAAGUGGUGGUAAAAAACCGAAAGGAGAGGUCGAGAGUCCUGGGUCUCGAGCUUCUCUUGGAAGGAGCUCCCGGAGCCCGUCCUGGGCCAGCAGCUGCCACAGAGCCUGCUCUGCUCGUCUCAUCAGCUGAGGCCACAGCCCCCACGCACCGCCCUGAGCCUGCGCUCCUCCCCUGGGGCCUGGGCACGGGAGCUCUGCCCUCCGCUCGGCCCUUACACUGCCCGGCAGCCGAGGCGGAGUAGGGAAUGGGCUCAGGGAGUACCGGGCAGGCAGACUGACAGAGGACAAAUGAAUAAACAGGACGUGUACAAAUUGGAAAUCAAUGGACUUACCAUGAGUUGCUUCAGAUCUGCUCUCUCUGCUGGGUUUUUUAUUAAGCUGAAAGAAAAAGAUAAUGUGAGAGAGCCUGCCUGGGGCUGGUUUGCCCUCCAAUUACUUGCACUUACGUGCCUGCCCCCCCACCGCCCGCAGGUUCUGAGGAGUGCUUGAGCCUUCUCGACCUUCCUGUCCUGGCAGAGCGGCCCGCCCGCAGGUGAACAAAUGCCUGCGGAAUCAAACGAAGACCAAAAGGCACCAUGCCAAGCCCGGCAGAGAGGUGCCGAAAGCCGCAGCUUCACCCGCUGCCAUAGUCCGACCAGUCCCCGAAGCCGUGGCACUCUGGGAGUGCAAGGAGAAGGGCAGAGCUCUGCUCCCCAAGACUGGGCGGGGAGGCUGACAAAAGCAGCGUACUCUCCAGAGGGCAAGGAGCGGACUUACCACUUAUUCACAAAAUCUUGAAAUUCCAGACUGAAUACUCCACUGGGCAGUUUCGGAGGAGGCUGCAAAUACAUGUCAGGACCUAAGAAAGGCGUGCUUCCUUCUCCACCCGUAUUCCCCACAGACCUGCCCCCCUGCAGACCUCGGCGCGGCGCUGCCCUUACGCAGCCACGGGGAGGCAGGCCCGGGAGGCCAGGCGGAAGCUCUGGUCUCACGACGCACACUCAGAACUGGGGCCCAGUUGGCGUCUGCCACUCACUGGCCUAGUGACGAAACAAACCACUGUUUCUCUGCGAACCUUAGUUUAUUGUUCUCCGAGCUGCGGAGGGCCUCGUGACAGUCCCAACUGUAAACCUCGGGGUGUGGCGUGGACACACCCCCACCAACUCCCAGCGGCCGCAGCGCGGGGCUGUGCGGACCCCCACGUGUGCACGUCACAGAAGCUACCUAAAUGGUAACAAAUGUCUAGCCCUUUUCCGAGCCCUGAAGAAGUGGAGCAAGGUUAAUAGUAAAACAUUGGCUGACAGAAGACUGAGUCUGGAAGGAAUGUUCCCUGCACCCUCCCUCAAGGAAUGCGGCCGUGCGCAGGCAUCGGCGUGAGGACACGGGCAACAGCUCUGUUUUCCCAGGGUCCGCGGUGGCGGUCACGCGGGGUGAUACGGGACAGGGCCCUGGGGCGCCUGGCGCACGCACUCCACCCUCACGUGACCUGUGCUGGCUCUGAGUGCAGCUCCUCGUGAGCGGACUCCCAGGCCGUGCCCGGCCAGAUCAGCAGGCCAUCUGAGACCGGAAAUUAAGCCACCGACGCCACCUAAAAGGCCUGCCUCCCCCUCUCGCCCGGAAGGCCUUACCAGAACAGCAGGUCAGUGAGCCUGAUCUGAGUCAGGGACUAAAACCCAGCUCUGAGGGCACCCUGCAGACUGUCGCUGCUGCUGAGGGGGAAAAAGGGAACGCUCAAGGGAGAGAUGGACAGCUUGGCCUCCCGAGGCCAGGCCAGUCCUGAGCAGGAUGGGGGGCAAAGCAGGGGCCGUGAGGCGCCUGCACCUGCUGCCACACAGCCCAGCGGCCUGGAAGGCGUGGGUGGUAAAGGAAGAGCACUAGGUGGGAAGGACCUGAGCUUUUCUUCCUGGCGCCCAAAGCUUCCUCACCUGUACGAAGAGGAUAAUGAAGCCAGCUGGCCCCCCAGAGGCAAGCAGGGCACACCCGGGGACUGGCAGCGGCUUAUUUAGCCCAGGCCGUCUCCCCCCUUGAUGUGGCCCCCCCAGCUCAGGUCCCAGCAGUAGAGGGUGGCCUUCUUGACCACCACAGACGCAAGGCACUCUGCCUCGUUGAAUCCUUAAACAGCUGAGAUCACAUCUGACUUCUGUUCCAUGUCCCAUGGUGCUUAGCAUAAAGCUGGACAGCAAGGAGAGGUCAAUUAACCACCCUGGCCAGUGAUGUAUUAACUGCUGGGGUGAAGCAGGAUUUUCCCUGUUGAGUUUGUAAGGGACAAGGGGACCCUUUUGAGGUCUGGUUUUAGAGCGCAGUAGAAAGUAUGAAAAGUCAUUCCUCUUGUCUCUUGAAGAAGAGCACAGGGCUAUGCUUUUGCUGUGUACCCCAGCGGCCUCCCCAACCUCACGGAGCUGGUUCUCACGCACUACCCGGGCUGCCCCUGAGCCGGGCGUGCUGGCCCUGCCACCUAACAUCCCGUCCCGAAGCCCUGCUCUAGCCCUGUCCCACCCUCUGCACCACCGCUUCCCGCCCCCUCUAACCCAGGUUGGAAGACUGCUGGUCGGUCUCUUGUGUCCUCGAUCUUCUUUUAAUUUAAACACAAAAUAAUGUGUGUUCUCUGCAUUAAAGUCAGCCAGCAGCAAUAAGCCAAAAGAAACUUCCAUCACCCCAAGAGAAUCAGUUUCAUACUACUUUCCAGACUUCAUAUGCACAAACAUGCACAGAAUUUUUUUCGUAUUUUUAAAGAACUGAUCACCAUAUACGUAGUGCUUUGUAGUGUUUGUCACACAAUCUGUAGUGAAUAUUUUCCAUACUAUUUCUACACUGUCAUUUUUUUACAUCUACUGGUUUUUAAUGGCACUUACCAGAGAAGACCCUAUCCUACGGGUAUGUAUGUAUUUGUCUUGCCUCCCACAUGAAGCUAACAGUCUUCACGACUAGGGACUUCUGUUUUUCCAUCUGUGGACCGCACCUCAUUCCUACCAUCACCCUGCAGUGUGCAUGCAGCCCACAGUAAGCGCCCAAGAAAUGCCUGGUGAAUGAAGCAGUAAGAAUGGAAUGAGCACUCGAGGCUCCUGACUCUGAGAAAGGGAGAGAAACUCAGAGCUACCCAAAGAUGUUCCCUGGGGAAGGGACACCUGUAACCUCUAAACCAGCCACUCCAUUCCAAGAGCAUGAUGCCCUACAAGAAUCCCCUUGGGGCCCAAAAAGCCUCACUGUGCAAACAACUCACAGGUAUCCCAAUCAAAUACACUGUUCUCUUAAUAGAAGCAAAUACCAAAGUCAAAGAAGCCAUGCGGUACUUACCUCGUUGACUAUGUAAUCCAACAACUCAAAAAUUGCCAUGGGAGGUCGGCUGUCCAUUCCAUAAGCUACAGAUUUUAUAACAAAAAAGAAAACACUUCUCAGAAAAACAGGAAGUUAUUUGCCACUGUGAGGCUAGGGACUGGGAGUAAGGGUCCUGGGGACCAGAACAGGGUUGUGGAUGAUAAGCAGAGACACAGAGCCACAGAUAAGGCUGAACACACAGGGGAGCAGCAAAGGCCAGAGAGCUGGCCAGCCAGGGUAGGAGUCUGGGCUCUACCACCUCCAAGGUUUG